AUGGUCAGAAUUAGCGUUCUUAACGAUGCGCUCAAGAGCAUGUACAACGCGGAGAAGCGCGGGAAGCGGCAGGUGCUGAUCCGCCCCAGCUCCAAGCAACACGGUGUGUGCGCGCUCGCUCGUUUUUUUCUGCGAUACCCUUGUCGAGGUUACAUCGGCGAGUUCGAGCUGGUGGACGACAGGCGGGCGGGCAAGAUUGUCGUGGAGCUGAACGGACGGCUGAACAAGUGCGGCGUGAUCAGCCCGCGUUACGAUAUCGCUGUCGGCGAUAUUGAGAACUGGACCGAGCGCCUGCUGCCCUCCCGUCAGUUUGGUUACAUUGUGCUCACCACGUCUAGCGGCAUCAUGGACCACGAUGAGGCCAGGCGGAAGAACGUGGGAGGCAAGGCGGUUUUCCACUGCACCACUCGUGCAGCUUAUGCUUCUGCCCUCCCGUUCUCCCCCCCACACCACCACCACCCUCCCGUCCUGAUCAUUAAUUCUUCAACCCUCACCCUUCGCCGUGCCCCCACCGCCCUCCAGGUGGUUUUCCACUGCACCACUCGUGCAGCUUCGGGCCACAUAUGUGAUUCCACCCGAGUUGAACACGGAGGGUCGGGGCGGCCGCGGCGAGUGGUGGUGGGGGAGAGCCGGCUGGUGGCAGCAUUGGAGCACGGGCUGUGCACCAUGCGGGAGGGCGAGGUGGCACUGUUCAAAGCAGAGCCCUCAGCCCACUACAGCGACCCUGCCUGCCAGAUAAAGCCUCCCCCAGGCGUGCCUGCGGAUGAGGAGCUGCAGCUGGAGGUGGAGGUGGUAUCUGCUGCUGCUGUGUGGGUGCUGGCGGGGAAGCGAGAGAAGAAGGAGGGUGGUGCAGAGGGAGAAGGGGAGGAGGGAAAGGAGGCGGAAGAGGAGGAUGUUGUGUGUGGGUAUGAGGAAGACGAACGGUUUAUCACGAAACAGACGGUUGAAGAGGGGAGAGGGUGGGAGCAGCCGAGGCCGCCGUAUGAAGUCAAGAUCAGGCUGGAGGCUUGCCCUCUGGGCUCGUCAACGCCCUUCUAUGCGCCUGGCACCGGCUCCUCCCCUCCCCUGCACCUCGCUCUGGGCUCAGCGCGGCUCCCGCCAGCGCUCGAUCUCGCUCUCUCGCACAUGCUCACAGGGGAGAAGGCCGUCGUCUUUGCCUCCUCCCCCCACACCAUCCCCCCUGCGCCUGACACCCCUCUCCCUCCACCUCCUCCUGCCAUUGCCCCUGCUCCGGGAACUGCCGAGCCUGACGCUAGGAGUGCCGAGGCUGAGGCUGGGAGUGUCGAGGCUGGGAGGCUCGGGCUGGCUGCUCCGGUGGUUGUGGUGCCGGCGCCACCAGAGGGGGUGGUGGAUGUGGAAUAUCAUGUGCAGCUGGUGAAGAUCGUGCAGGUGCGAGACGUGCUGGGCAACGGGUGUGUGAUCAAGAGAAGGCUUCAAGAUGGGACAGGCGACUUCCCCAUGGACUGUCCGCUGCAGGACUGUGUGGUGCACGUGCACAUGCGCGGCACACUGCCAGAUCAGGGCGGGGCUGAAUUCAUGGACACACGCAAAGGGAGCGAGGGCGAGGGGCAACCUGUGCAGAUCGGCACAGGGGAGGGGAGGCUGCCAGAGGCGCUGGAGGCGAGCAUUCGCCUGAUGCUGCCGGGAGAGGUGGCGCUGGUCUCGAGCACGGCGCAAUACGCCUAUGACUCCUUCCCCAGGCCAGAAGGGGUACCGGCGGGAGCGAGGGUGCAGUGGGAGGUGGAGCUGUUUGGCUUCGAGCGGCCCAAGGGCUGGGAGGGGCUGUCGUUUGAAGAGAUUCUCGCUGAAAUUGACAAAACCAAGCAGUUGGGGAAUACGCUGUACAAGGAGAAGAAAUAUAGCCACGCAUGCAGCAAGUAUGAAAGGCUGCUGAGGGAGAUGAGGCAUGUGCAUCCCAAGGAGGGCGAGGAGGCAAAGCAGUUCAACACCGUGCAGACCGCUCUGCAGCUGAACGUGGCGGCAUGUCAGCAUGGCAUGGCGGAGUAUGCACGGGCCAUAGAAUGGGCGGACAAGGUGCUCACGGAGCAGCCCAACCACUCAAAAGCACUCUACCGGAGAGCACUGGCUCACAUGCACUCCGCUGCCUUUGACGAAUCCAGGGCCGACCUCCAACGGAUGGUGAAGGCAGACCCAUCCACACAGGCAGAUGCCACUGCUGCUCUCGCCAAGCUCAAGAAGAUGGAAGAGGUGAGAGGUUCAACAGAGGUGAGAGGUUCGGCAGAGGUGAGAGGUUCGGCAGAGGUGAGAGAUUCGGCAGAGGUGAGAGGUUCGGCAGAGGUGAGAGGUUCGACAGAGGUGAGAGGUUCGACAGAGGUGAGAGGUUCGACAGAGGUGAGAGGUUCGACAGAGGUGAGAGGUUCGACAGAGGUGAGAGGUUCGACAGAGGUGAGAGGUUCGACAGAGGUGAGAGGUUCGACAGAGGUGAGAGGUUCGACAGAGGUGAGAGGUUCGACAGAGGUGAGAGGUUCGACAGAGGUGAGAGGUUCGGCAGAGGUGAGAGGGUCGGCAGAGGUGAGAGGCUCGACAGAGGUGAGAGGUUCGACAGAGGUGAGAGGUUCGGCAGAGGUGAGAGGGUCGGCAAAGGUGAGAGGUUCGACAGAGGUGAGAGGUUCGGCAGAGGUGAGAGGGUCGGCAGAGGUGAGAGGUUCGACAGAGGUGAGAGGUUUGACAGAGGUGAGAGGCUCGGCAGAGGUGAGAGAUUCGGCAGAGGUGAGAGGUUCGGCAGAGGUGAGAGGUUCGGCAGAGGUGAGAGGUUCGACAGAGGUGCAGCAGCGCAGCCGAGCAGCAGCGCAACCGAGCAGCAGCGUAGCCGCGAAGCCGAGCAGCCGUGUAGCCGCGAAGCCGAGCAGCAGCGCAGCCGAGAAGCUGAGGGUGGUGUGUGGGGGUGUGUGUGGGAAUAGGAUUAGUAGGUAG